UCAGAUCAGCUUCUGCCGUUGAUCCAAAAUCGGUUUGUUUGCUCGGUUUUUAGCAGACGAAACCUCCCAGAGUGUGAAAACAAGUUUGAUUUUUAAAAAACAUACAGCUUCCUGAGCUGAAAUUGAAUACAGUCUCGCCAGUAAACGUUCAGAGAAGAGGGAAAUGCAAGUCAAGAUGCGACUGACUUAGAAAACUGGCCUGCACAGUACAGUGCAAGGAAAUUAACGUUAGCUAGUGAGUCAUCGGGGAUCUCAAAAAGUAUUUUCACUCUUCGGUACGGUGAAAUUCCUCUAAUGUAGGCGUACCUGGUAGUCAGCUAUCUAGAUGGCUAGCCACCUAGCCGUCAGAGUAAGCACUUAAAAAUAACCUCAGUUAUCAUUGUCUAGCUAGCUCGCUAGCUUGCAAGCAAAGUCGAGGAGCAGGAUUUAUUGGGACAAAAGGAGGCAUCGAGUGUUGAACUUGUUUUCCAGCUGGUCAGAUCAGAUUUCUAACGGUUUGUAAGAUGACAACUUCAUGGAGUGACCGGCUACAGAACUAUGCAGAUCUUCCAGCCAACAUGGACGGACUGGCCAUGAAGAAGUAUCGGCGAGAGGCCCACCACAGAGUGUUUGUAAACAGAAGUUUGGCAAUGGAGAAGAUUAAGUGCUUUGGCUUUGAUAUGGAUUACACUUUAGCAGUGUACAAGUCCCCCGAAUACGAGUCCCUGGGUUUCGACCUGACAGUGGAGCGGCUUGUGUCCAUCGGCUACCCUCAGGAGCUCCUCAACUUUGUCUACGAUCCCGCCUUCCCCACCAGGGGCUUGGUCUUUGACACGUUGUAUGGCAACUUGCUGAAGGUGGACGCCUAUGGGAACAUCCUGGUUUGCGCCCACGGCUUUAACUUCUUGCGUGGUCCAGAAAUUCGGGAACUGUAUCCAAACAAGUUUAUCCAACGGGGAGACACGGAGCGCUUCUACAUCCUCAACACUCUCUUUAACCUUCCUGAGACAUACCUCUUUGCGUGCUUGGUUGACUUCUUCACUAACUGUUCCAGAUACUCCAGCUGUGAAACUGGCUUCAAGGAUGGCGAUCUCUUCAUGUCGUUCAAGAGCAUGUUCCAGGACGUGCGCGACGCUGUGGACUGGGUCCACUUCAAGGGGUCUUUGAAGGAAAAAACGGUGGAAAACCUUGAGAAAUAUGUGGUUAAAGAUGGAAAGCUCCCUCUUCUCCUGAGUCGAAUGAAUGAAGUUGCCAAGGUGUUCCUGGCCACAAACAGUGACUACAAGUACACUGAUAAAAUUAUGACAUACCUUUUUGACUUCCCCCAUGGUCCAAAGGUGGGCACCCCCCACCGGCCCUGGCAGUCCUAUUUCGACCUGAUCCUGGUGGACGCGAGAAAGCCCCUGUUCUUCGGAGAGGGUACGGUGCUGAGACAGGUGGACACAACGACUGGAAGGCUGAAAAUUGGGACCUACACAGGACCGCUGCAGCAUGGCAUUGUGUACUCUGGAGGGUCGUCGGACAUCGUGUGUGACCUGCUGGGAGCGAAGGGUAAAGACAUCGUGUACAUCGGAGACCACAUCUUUGGAGACAUCCUGAAGUCUAAGAAGCGGCAGGGCUGGAGGACCUUCCUGGUGAUUCCCGAGCUGGCACAGGAGCUGCACGUGUGGACAGACAAGAGCUCAUUAUUUGAAGAGCUGCAGAGUUUGGACAUUUUCUUGGCAGAGCUCUACAAACAUCUGGACAGCAGCAGUAACGAGAGACCCGACAUCAGCUCCAUCCAGCGAAGGAUCAAGAAAGUGACCCACGACAUGGACAUGUGCUACGGCAUGAUGGGAAGUCUGUUCCGCAGCGGCUCUCGGCAGACCCUGUUCGCCUCCCAGGUCAUGCGCUACGCUGACCUGUAUGCAGCCUCCUUCAUAAACCUCCUGUAUUACCCCUUCAGCUACCUCUUCAGAGCUGCACACGUGCUGAUGCCUCAUGAGUCCACGGUGGAGCACACCCACGUCGACAUCGACACCGAAUCGCCCAUGGCAACGCGCAACCGCCGCUCGAUGGACUUCAAGGACUUCGACUGCAAGAGGCACCAGCUGACGCGCUCCAUCAGCGAGAUCCAGCCCCCUCACCUGUUCCCUCAGACCCCUCAGGAAAUCACGCACUGCCACGACGAGGAUGAUGACGAGGAGGAAGAGGAGGAGUGAAGCAGCCGGCCCUCCAGCCUACGCUCCGCGUUCCGUUAAGUGUUUUACUGAAGGAAUCCCGAUGUGGGCCGAACAGCUGCAGGGAGGCCGGGAUUGAGAGUAAGGCAUUUACAGUAUGUAUAAAGGAUACACUUUCUAUAGGGAAAUAUUCUUUUUUUAACUUUACUGUCUGUAUAUAUCAGACCAAGCUGAGCUCUUGGGGUUUAUGCACUAGAAACCUGCUAGUGCGCUAGACCCACCUGCAACUGGCGUUUGACAUCUUCUUCUGUUUUUAAAUGACCUUUUUGUUUGUGUUUUUUUUGUUUGUUUUGUGGUGUUUUGAGAAAAAAAAUUUUUGGGGAACUUUAAUUGACCAAACUCAAAUGGCUGCUUUAGUGGAUAAGGCUAAAUCAAUACAUACGGUUCGGUCACAAAAACAAAAAAAAAAAACAAAAAAAGCGAAAAACGAGAAACACUAUUGGUAGUUUUCCUGUGGGCGGGUUGUAGGGGCUUGGGAUGUCCUCUGCCUGUGUGCAUGAUAAAAGAUGCACGGUUGAAGUGCAGAGGAAAAGCGCAGCUGUAGAGAAAUGAUCACAUGACUCCAUUGUGCACCCUGGGUGUGUGCUUGUGUUACGAGUUAAAGGACAAUUCUGUCUUAUGGUACUGUGCUGAUGGAACUUGCAUAACCCCUAACUUGGAAAUCAUGGUCCAGUUUUUUACUUUGAUACUGUAUCUCCUGUACUCUGUGUUUGCUUUGAGUUUUUCAGAAUGGCUUCGUUUUUUAACUGUUCAGCAAAGCCUCUGCUGACCAAUGCAGUGCGAGAGCUGACAUCACUUCCUGUGAGACUGUAGAAAUGAUCUCAGCGUUUAGAAGGACAGCAGGUUGUGUUGCAGUUUCACCAAGCACAAUGUUCUGUCGUAAGCCAGUAACAUUUUCCUCACGUUCAGUAUGCAUAAGGUGGUACCGUACAGCGGUACAUUGGUGUCCAGGUUGUUUUUUUUAUUAUAAUUUUUUAAAAAAAAUUUCUUUAAACAGCGCUUAGAUUAAUGAUUCAGAUUAGAUGCAUUCAGCUGUGAAGGAAAGUAUCGGCGAGUAAAAAUGUCACGUUACUAGGUGACAUCCUGUGAAGUGCGUCUGACUUGUGCGGGAUCCGUUUCAGGCUGUGCUGUAGUCUCUCAUCCUCUGCUGUCUCCCAGAGGUCUAGCGUGAGCAAUAUGCAGCAUUGAAACUGCAGUAGGACAUGAUGGACGAUUAGAAUCUACAUACAGUUUGAAAAAAAAAAAAUGUAUGUAAUAUUUGCCUUUGAGGAAUAGUAUUGUUUUAUGUAGAGAAUAUGAUGACGUGCUGAGCGGCUGGUUAAAAGGAACAAUUAACGUUCCGCAAGAACACUUUGGGAAGACUAAUUAACAAAAUCACGCAAGCUGAUAAAUCUGAUCCAGAGAGGCUUUAUUGGAACCAUACCAGACACUCCUGAGUAUUGGUGCUUUGAGUAGUUGUGCUUCACUCCAGCCGCAGUAUUCAUUAAGUGACUCAGUAACAUUUUCGGUUUUGAUCCAAGUCUUUCUUACAGGUCGGUAAGAAUUUAGGACGAAGGUUGUUGACUUCAUGGAGAACUCCAUGGCCUUUGAUUAGCACUGAAUCCAUGAAUAAAUGUAUAAUAAUUCAACAGCAGAACACAAUAUGGUGUCAGUGAAACAGCAAAAUAGGGUGAUCUGUUGGAGACCAACUCACACGCAGUUGAAAUUAGCUGCUUUGAAGUGGUAAUGAUUGUUGAGUUCACUACACCUGAAGGAGCAAACAUUCGGUUAGUGAAACAGUCUCUCAUUAUUCCAGAGCUUCCUUCAGUGUGGGAAGCCUGUUGCAUGCGUUAUUUUUAAAAUUUUAAGUUUUUAUAGUACUCCUGUUGAGGAAAUAGAGGGAGAAUGACACCAAACUCCACAUCAAGGGAGCGUAGGUCAAUUGUCAACAGAAAUGGAAAACAAACAAGCUCCUUGUUAGAGGGGGAGUAAGAAGUGGGGGUGAUGCUUCCUAAAGCGGCACUGGUUGCUUGACCCUUUUUUUUUUUUAAAGACUUUCCUCUGUGGGUUACAUCCCUGUAGAAAGCCUCCCCUUCCUUCUGUUUGAGGCAGUGAGGUGUUCUCCAAAUGCAUGUUAAUUUCCCUCCCUCUUUUCAGUUUCAGUUCUCCUGUUGGGCUCAGGUUCAUUGCUGUAGCUUUUGGGACGGUUUCCUGAUUAUAAAUGCAAUUUUGAAUUUCUGAAGGUGUUUUCGAAUGAGUUCCGUUUCCCUGCACAACAAGCAGAGUGCCAACAACAAAAGUGCUACCAUUCAUCUUUUUUAAGUUGUUUUAUUACUUUUUUGUAUUAUUUUACAGGUUUCGUGCAUGUUCUUUGCGG